AUGCAAAACGACAACGAUAAAAGUGUUUAUUUAAAUGGUAAUGAUCUUGAAAUUCAAGAUCUCAUCAAUAUUGGUUACCGUGCAUACAAAGUAUGCAUCAGUGAUGAAACUAUUCAAAUCAUUCAAAGAGGUAGAAAGGUUGUUGAUGAUAUUACCUCUUCCGAUAAGAUUGUUUAUGGUAUCAAUACCGGUUUUGGUUUAUUCUCUGAUGUUACCAUUCCAAAUGAUUCAAUUAAAAAAUUACAAUGUAAUUUAAUUAGAUCACAUUCAAGUGGAGUAGGACAACCAUUAACACCAGAGAGAACAAGAAUGUUGUUGGCAUUGAGAAUCAAUGUUUUAACCAAAGGAUACAGUGGCAUUAGUUUAGAGUCUGUUACGAGAGCUAUCAAUAUUUUAAAUAGUAAUUGUUUGCCAUUGGUACCAGAAAAGGGAACAGUUGGUGCAUCUGGUGAUCUUGCACCACUAUCUCAUUUGGCAUUGGGAUUGAUGGGUGAAGGUAAAAUGUACAAUGGUACUACCAAACAAAUAGAAGACUCUGCCAGUGUCUUGAAAGCACAUAACCUUACCCCAAUAGAAUUGGGUGCCAAAGAAGGAUUGGCAUUGAUCAAUGGAACACAAUUGAUUACAUCGUUGGGUUGUGAAGCUGUUUCUAGAUCACAGAUACUCUGUGAGACUGCUGACAUUAUUGCUGCACUCACUUUGGAAGCACUCAAAGGUACUGUAGUCGCCUUUAACCCAGCUAUUCAUGCUGCACGUCCACAUAAAGGCCAAGGAAAAUCGGCAGAGUUCCUUCGUUCUAUUCUUCACGGUGAAAAGUUCAAGUCACAGAUUUACACUGGUCACGCCAAUUGUGGCAAGGUUCAAGACAGCUAUACACUUCGUUGUAUUCCUCAAGUACAUGGUAUCACUAGAGAUACUGUAGAUUUUGUUGCUGGUAUCAUUAGCACUGAAAUGAAUAGUGCCACCGACAAUCCAAUGGUCUUUGCCGACUUUAAUUGUACCAUGUCUGGUGGUAAUUUUCACGGUGAAUAUCCAGCAAAGGCACUCGACUAUCUUGCCAUUGGUAUACACGAACUUUCAAAUAUUUCAGAGCGUAGAAUUGAACGUCUCGUCAACAAUCAACUAUCUGGUCUUCCUGCAUUCCUCAUCAAAGAAGGUGGAUUAAACAGUGGUUAUAUGAUUGCACAUUGCACCGCUGCUGCUCUUGUAUCUGAAAACAAAACACUCUGUCAUCCAUCAUCUGUCGAUUCUAUCAGUACUAGUGCAGCCAAAGAGGAUCACGUUUCAAUGGGUGGAUGGUCUGCUCGUAAAUGUCUACUCGUCGUCGAGAAUGUAGAAAAUGUUCUUGCCAUUGAAUUACUUGCUGCCUGUCAAGCUAUCGAUUUCCUUCGUCCACAAACCUCAACCGAUCCACUCGAAGCUGUUCAUGCACUUGUUCGUUCAAAGGUUAGCUUUAUGGAAGAAGAUCGUUUCCUUCAACCAGAUAUUGAAGCUGUAAACCAAUUAAUUACUUCUGGUCAAGUUUUAAAUGCUGUUAAAUCAUUUUUCUAA